CGCUGUAGAGACUUUAAAAAAAAAAAGUUGCAGACUGGUUCCUGAUCGAUACCCUGCCUCGUGCGAGGCGCAGCAUCCCUGGUGUGGGCUGCUUGCGCCGGCAAACGGCUGCAGAUGUUGUGGUGAAGCCACGCCAGCAGUGGCCUGUCUACUUACCGCGGCCUCCACUGUGUUUCCUCCUCGCCAGUGUUCGUUCAUCUGUAGCUUUGGGCUUUUCUCUCCUUCGUGGAUGCUCCCCGCCCCUCUCUUCACUGUAUGUAUGUGUGUGCAUGUGCCCCUCCCACUCCCCCUUCCAGCGACACGUGACACACAGCCGAGCUCGUGCCUGGAGAGGCGUGUGUACGCGCGUGCCUUACACGACACGAGCUGGUGUGAAGCCUAGCGUGUGAUUUACUCUUUUUCUUGUUUGUUUUUCUACUCUCCCCCUCCCUGUCGGAGGGGCAAAGAUGAUUCGGUGUAGCCGUCGGCGGAAUCUGUGUCUGUGAUACAAGCUGUACCGCCUGGUGCUGCUGCUGGCGCCUCACCUGCGAAGAUGAGAGUAGAUGGCUGGCCGUGACGCCGCACUUGAAAGGGAGAUAAAUCUUGUUCAACCGUCUGUGGAUUACUCUUUCGGCUCUUCGUCAUCAUCGUCGUCGUCGUCGUCGUCAUCGCCAUGGGCAACAAACUGUGCGCGCCUCUCCUCAAGAAGAACUACCGGAGUCACGACAGCACGCCGUGGAAUAUUCGCAAGGAUUCCCACCUGCUCAGGCUGUGGGCUGACGUGUUCCGGGUGCACGGGGUGGGCGACUACAUGCGUUGGGAGCGAGUAUCGGAUGAUGUAGUUCCGGUCAACAUCACCUGCAUUGAGGACACCCCCAACACCAUCUUCCAGAUCACAGCCUACAACCGACAGGUGGAGAAAAUCUUUGAUGUCAAGAUCACCCAGCCAGGAACCAUCAUAUGUCCAGCCACCGAGUGCUUCGUCCACUGGCGGGAUCCGAACACCAACAGGGAGUGGGGACUCAACUUCUCCACCCCCACCGACGCACGGCGAUUUCGCGACUGCUGCUCGUUUCCUACCCAAAGAUUCGCCAGAAAAGCGUCGUCUGCGAGCUCGCUACACAUCAGUCCUCCGAAAGUAAACUCUCAGAGACCUCGAAGCAAGGCUGCCUCCACCUCCUCCCCCAGCUCCCCCAUCCACUCUCGCCACCACCUGGCCGACAGCGACCCCGAGACGUGCACCGACUGCCCCCAGUAUCCCCCUGCCUCCCAGCCCCCGUCAAUCAGGUCGACGUCACUGCCGCGCAGCGCCUCGCACGUGCUGCGGGAUGCUGGAGACUUCACGAGGCCGUACGCCACCAUGACUGCCAUGCCCAAGCCGGGUUCCGAGGCCGCCAUGUUUGAACACUGCCGGGGACCCGUUCUGCGACGCGCCAACUCCGAGAGUCCUAACUCCGGAACUCUCCCCCAGCGGAAGUCCAUGCCGUCGGUGUUGACUGCCCGCGAUUCGCCCAGCAAGCGUCUCCAGGACAUCAUCCGCCCCGCGUCUGCCAUUGCUGAGAUCACGGCCCAGAAACUGGAGAGCCCCAAGCGGGUGGUCAUCAGUGACGUCAUCACGGGGUCGCGAACGUCAUCUCCGGUGUCCGUGACGCAAGAGAAACCGAACGGUAUUCUAAAGAAGGACACUAGUCUCGGCGAGCGCAUGUUUCCUCCUCCAUUGGACCGCUGCGUUUCCAUGGACGCCGAUAGAUCGCAGCAGGCCAACAACGUCUGCGACGGGACCACGGAGCUGGAUGCAGCCGAUGGCGCUGAGGGUAGAGACACAUCGUUGUCGCUGUCAUCGGCGUCGCAGGCCAGCAAGAAGUCGCACCUGACGGUGGACACCACCUUCACUGCGGGCAACUCCCAACACACCUCGUCCUCCAGCUCGCCCGAGUGGCCUUCCCCUCCGGAACCUUUGACCCCGCAGACACCUUCAACCCCGCUGGGUCACAUGGAGUUCGACAGCGACACCAUCAAGCGCCUGCUGCGUUCCUUCCCGUCAUCCCCAGUCGACAAGGAGGACUACGACCUGGGCUUUCACGAUGACCCCAGCUUGCAGGACCCUAGUUCCAUUCGCAGGGCGCAGCUGGCUCGCACCAAAAGUCUCAACACCCACGACCGACCCCCGGCUAGGGGCGGCAACUCCGGGCGCGGACGUCUGCAACGCGAACAGACGGUGGGCAGCGCCGUGGUGUGCAAGGCGGGUGAGCUCCACAGGUCCCGGAUGUUCAACAAGGUGGCGCUGGAAGAGGAGCUGCGCAAGCGCAAUCGUUGCGCCGCAGCGGCUGCCGUCUGCUCCUACAAGGGAAGCUACCCAGACAGCGGCAUCGGGAUACCAGGCGAGGUCUGCGGUUCGCUCCCUUCGGAAGGCAGCUGCAGGUCCCGGCGGGGUAAAUUGAGAAGCCAUGAGGUGGGCAGCUUGUCGGUGGAGGGGAGCAGCCGUGACAGCGAAGAUCAGAGCGACCUCAUCAUCAAACGCCUGGGAGAUGGACCCGAGCUAAAGCAGUAUCUGGCGCCAGAUUUGUCAGACGAAGAUGAUGAACAUGGAAGUAGCGGCAGUCUAGACACCAUGAUGGAGACAGACUCACAGCUGUCAUAUGGCCGCCAAGCAGGAGCUAUCCGCAAAGCUGGGUGGCUUGUUGUGAAGAACUGGCUGAUUCACAAGAAGAAGAAGCUAGAGUUGGCCCCUCGGAGAACUUGGAAGCGCUACUGGGUGUGCCUGAAGGGAACCACUUUGCUUUUCUUUGACAGUGGUGAGGAAAGUGCCUUGAGCCAAAACACAAUCCCAAAGCACAUCCUCGUUAUAGAAGGUGGUAUAGCCCAAGCAGUGCCAGAACAUCCAAAACGAGAGAACAUCUUCUCUCUGAGUACCGCUUGUGGGGAUGCCUACCUUUUCCAGGCACAAUCACAGAUUGAUUUGGAGAACUGGAUUCGAGCAAUACACUCAGCUUGUGCAUCGUCUUUUGCUCGGCAACAUGGUAAAGACAACACACUCAAGCUUCUGAGUACAGAGCUUCAGAAACUGGAGACAAACAUUGACACUGAUGUGAAGAUGAGGAAGAUGGCAGAGCUGCAGAUGACAGUGGUGACAGAUCCACGCAGCCGCAUUGCUAUAGUGAAGCAAAUUGCCCAGUGGGAGGAGAAUCUAGAAAAGCUGUACAUUGACCAGUACCGUUUUCGUUGUUACAUUGCUUCACUACAGGGCACAGAGCUCCCUAAUCCAAAGGUGCUUCUGGCCAGUGCUUGUAAAGCUACAAAAACCACUUUAGGACGAUUAGGAAUCUUCACUGUGACCUCAUUUCAUGCACUAGUGAGUGCUCGCAAGCCACUGGUGCUGCCAAAUAUUUAUGGCAAAGGAUCGAACAAGGGCAGCAUGCUGUCUCCACGAGCAGAGCAGCCUCCAAGACCGCGAUCUCGAACCCCAACAGGCACAAUGGGAACCAGCGUCAGCUCAGAGGCCCUUUUCAAGUCUAACACAAUUCGGGGCCACGAUUCUUUAGAGAACUUGCUGGAAAGAUCAACAACAGAAAACACUCUGACACAGGAGAGUCUAUCUCGAGUAACUUUGCCAAAUAACCAGUGCUACAACUUUCAGACGAUGCUCAUUGGAGUGGACAAAGGGACAAGUGUUCGGGACCUUCUGGAGGCAACUUGCAGCAAACGUCAGCUCAACCCUCGGGACCACUAUGUCCGCAUAAAGCCUAUGGGGUCCACCGACGACAAGUUUGUCAUCCCAGAUCGCCACGACCUCGUAAAGAAACUGCGCUAUGAUGCCAUAGAAGUGUGCCAGAAAUGUAUGUUCCAAAUGGAACUGACCAAACCGACCAAAGAUGGGAUGUUUGGCUUUGCUGUGGAAGCAGAGCUGGCUGAAGACUUUGACCGUGAUGAUGAACUUCAGGUGUAUGUCUGUGAGAUCACACCUGGUGGUGUGGCAGAGAAAGCAGGUUUAAUUGUGGGAGAUGAAAUCCUGGUCAUUAAUGGAAAGAUUGUGUCAGAGCUUGAUAUGGUGUACAUUGAAACUCUUUUACACGAAUCUCGAACUCUAUUCCUGACGGUUCGCUCCAUGCGGACACAACCACCACGUACAGAUUUUGUCACCCACCACACUGACAGCUACAUCAGCAACAUGGUCUGUCCUCCACCCCCAGUUCAGCCCAGAAUCUCAGAAAAGUCCAUAGGGAACCUUAUUGUUCCUGCUCCAACAGAAAAAGAUGGUGAUAGUAAAAUUCAGCCUGCAGUUGGGGAUGUACCGAGUGCAGAUCCAGUGCAGAUUGACACUCUUCUGAAGGCUGCUGAUCAGGUGACGGCCAUUUGCAGAACGGACCGCCAGGGGUCGACAGCAGAUGACGUAGCGCCCAGCACGCGCUCACUGUCUGACGCACAGCGCAUGCGCAAGGUCAUCAUGGAGCUGGUGGAGACAGAGCGUGCUUAUGUCAAGGACCUGAUGUGCCUCCUGUCCCGGUACCUGGAGCCGCUGAAGGAGGAGACGUUCUUGACGUCGGAGAAGGUGGCGGAGCUGUUCGGCAACAUCACGGAGAUCGUGCAGUUCCAGCAGCAGUUCCUGCACAGCCUGGAGCAGGCCAUCGAGCUGGAGCCCGACUUCUUCGUCACUGACGACAUCAAGCUCUUCAAGAGAGUUCUCUUCUCUAUCGGCGGCUCUUUCUUGUACUACGCCAACCACUUCAAGGUGUACAGUUCCUUCUGCGCCAGUCAUUCGCGUGCGCAGAAAAUCCUCAACCCAGAAUCCAACGAGGCUUUGCGCGAGUUCCUGCUGGCCAGGAACCCGAAGCAGCAGCACUCAGCCACGCUGGAGUCGUACAUGAUCAAACCCAUACAGCGCAUCCUCAAGUACCCGCUGCUGCUGCAACAGCUGUGCGCCCUCACGCACCUGGAGACAGACGAGCACCAUCACCUGACAGAGGCGCUGAAAGGGAUGGAAGCUGUGGCCGAGCACAUCAACGAGAUGCAGAAGAUCUACGAGGAGUACGGCAGUGUCUUCAACGACCUCAUGCGCACCUACCGAGAGGUGCACCCCAGCAAAACGCCGAUUGAACUGUCGGUGGGGGAGCUGCAGAUGUACGGCACGGUGGACUGGUGCAACAUGGUGGACUACCUGGGCAAAGUCAAGAAGACAACUGACUUCGAAAACACCGUCUUCGUCUUCAAGAUGGGCGUCGUCUUCCUCUGCUGCGAGCGACAGAAACGGCGCAAGUCCAAGUCCACCUCGUCUCGAACGUCCAUGAUCGAGAACCCGGAGCUGCUGGAGAGGUUCCGGACGCUGGUGCCCACAGCGGAAGUGCAGGUGUGCGGGGGCAAAGUAGCAGACAUGGACCGCCACUACUGGUGGGACCUCAUCCACUCGCGCGGCGAGGCCGAAGGUCGGCCAGAGCGGGUGUACCAGUUCUGCAACAGCACUCCGGAGGCCAAGUCGGACUUCAUGAAGGUCAUCCGCCAGACGAUUCGCGAGAGUGUAAGGAAAUUGCCUAUUCCUCCCUACCGCCCCGGGGACCCCGUGUCCCCCAGUCGUGUAGCGGGCGUAAUGUACGGUCACCAGCACUCCUCCACCCCCCAGCUGCUGACCUUGCAAAAGCGGCGAGUCGUCAAGUGUCCGGAUGGUGAGCGCCAUUCUAUGGACAUCGAGGAGCGCGUGGGCCGGGACUACGACAACCUCUUCCGCACGCGCAGCAAGACGGUCGGGGAUCUAAACCAGGCCAGCCUGGAGGAAAGCGGCGCCCCUCCAUUCGCGUCAGCAGCGGCGGCGGCGGCGCUGGACGUGGGAGCAGGCUCGGGUCGGAGGGAGAGCCCUGGCUCCUCCAUGUCCAACCUCAGCAGCUCCAGCCACAGCGGCUCCGCCAAGCUGCAGUACGCCAGCACCAACCCCAUCCACUACUCCUCGGGGUCCGUCAGCUCGGGCAGCGGGGGCGGGGGUGGGGUAGGGGGCGGCGGAGGAGGCUCGCCAGUGUGGAAGCCGCGCUCGGAGGUGGCGCAACGAGUGGGUGUGACCCCGCUGGACGACCAGUCGCGAGAAAGCACGUGCAGUAAGGACUCGGCCGACAGCGAACCUUCCUCGACUAGAUCGUCGCUAGCAGGUCACGAGCUGCAGAGGCAGACGAAGACAGUGGUGUUUACAAACUUCCAGUCGUUUCCUGUGAUCAAAGAUACCGAGUGUUAAGGACGCCUGCAGGCUUUGAGGACCGGUCAUUAGAGAGUUACUCGCGAAAGACGGGUGAUGGUCAUUGUUAAAGAAAUUGUGGAAUGAGGGGAGGAGGAAUCGGGUGCUGGUUUUCCCCAAUGGCAAGGCAAUUCUGUCAGGGAAAUCUUUAGCGCGUGUGGUUGCCUUGACCUCGCAGGGGGAUAUGCUCAACACGUCACUGGCUGGAGCCAUACAGUGACAUCACGGUCUGCAGCUGUGGAUGACUAAACCAGAAUCAUUACACUUGCAUUCCAACCAGUAUUAUUGCUGUGCAGGACUGGUCGUUGGGUUCGCCGAACAAACAAAACGGCCAGAUAUAAUAUAAGAAGUUAGAAAAGGAAGAUGGCCAUCGAAAUCAGAGACUCGUUGAGCGAAAGAUCAAAAUGGGUUUCUGUCUCUUGUAUAUACGUUACAGCAGGGGCAAGUAAUAAUGUUCAUGGCAAGAAGAGGCGGAUAAUGGUUGGGGGCUGAUGUAGGCGUAGAGUGUUAAAAUAAGGAUAAUGUAACAGCAUAAGCCCAUGACAGUGUAACCCAGCCUGAGGCAUGUGAUGAUAAAGCUGAGUAGAACUAACGCCCUAAAAAAGAAAAAAGAAAAACCAUACGCACCACACUCUAAGCAAUCAGCUUGACUCCGAUGGAGAUGGCACGGCAAAAUAAGACAAUCGCCUGAGCAGGACUGGAGAGGGCUUGCCAAGUCAUUGUGAUCUCACCUGUACAGCAAUGUCGGAUUUUUGUGAUCUCACCUUUACAGCGGCGCCUGGGGGUCGGGAGGGGCGGGGGUGGGUGGGGUUGAGGACAUUAAGAUGAUUCGCUGAGUGAAAUUCUCUGUUGCAUGGCCUUGGCUUUCACGAAACGAAAAGCCAUGUGGCUUAGACUUUUAAGUUAAAGUUUAGACAGUGGUAGACAUCUCAGGAGUAAAAUCGAGCUGUUGGCAACCAGGAGGCAGAACAUCACGAAGGGCAAUAUGGCAGUACGAGACAAUCGUUAUCUCAGUCAAGAUGACAGCAUUUGUACUUAGAGAGGAGAAAAUGCUUAAUAUUCUUGUUCAUAUUGAAACAAAAGCAUGAGACAGCUUGGCGACGAAUUUGCGUGUGGAGAAGGUUGCGCAGUGGUGGAUAUUGCAUGCCGGGCGAUUACAUGUUCUUGUAGACCGUUGCCGGGCAACCAGGCAUUUACCUUGGAGCCAAUUCUGCCACCUUGUUGCCACUGGCUUGUUUUUUCUCACAGAAGUGUAGACACGUGCAUGUUGAUGUGUGUGUGUGUGUGUUGUAUUAGGUGUAUUUAUUUCUUUGGCGAAAUAUUCUCUUUUCCUCUCCCCCACGACUCCCAUAAGAACUGUCUUCCAUCAGACGGAGAAAGCUUUUAAUGGCCAUCAGGGUCGACUGUAAGAUAUUAGUUGGGCACCAUGCUGAGUGGAAACACAUCAAACCUUAUAAAUUAUUAACCUAACGUGGCUGAUCUCGGAACUGCUGAAUUUUGCAGACAGCCAGCGACUCUACAGGGGAAAAAAUAUUUAUUCCAAUAAUAAAAAACCAGUGGUUUGUGGUUUGUUUUGCCCCUUUUAGACGUUAAACAACUGGACCGCAAAAAAAAAAAAAAGCCAAAAAAACUGAGAAGCAAAUACUUUGAUUCUCGCAGCUGACUGCAAAAAAUAGAACGAAAGAAAGAGUGAGAGCGUGAGAGAUGGAGACGUGAGUGAUGGAGGACGUGAAGCUUGUUCAUCCUCUACUCACUGCUGUACUUUUCUGUGUUUCGCAUUGCAGACACACUGACGGCGCCACUGCCAUAAUCUAAGGUUGGUUUAAACGUUCACCCAAAGAUCACCAGAGCGUUCACGUGGGGUGAGCAUGUCUUUGCUGCUUGGUCACCACGUGGUGGUUUGCGGGGAACAUGGGGAAUGCUUCGUCUGCCUCUGCUUUCCCUGUGCUUAGUUUCCCUUUUGUUAAUUUAUAUUUUUGCAGAGCCUUCUUUUCGGUAACCUUUGGUGGAUGUGACGAUCCCCGCUGUUUUCACUCGUUUUUUGUGCUUUUUUCUUUGUUUUUUGCUGGGUUUUUUUUCUCAACCACAGCUUGUGUCUCGAUACAGAAAAUUCGGUGUUCUUGGAGAUAGUCAAUAACCCAGGAUCGAGGCGAGACUACGGAGGCUAUUGGGAGGGAGUUAACUUUGGGUAAAAGUUAAACUUCAUGUUGGUUGAUGCUCCUCACAUACAUUGUGACAAUCGGACUCGGCGAAGACAGAAAGCUGUGGCGUUUAUUGCUGCUAUACAAACGCAUGACCAAACUAGAAUUUCAAAGAUAAAUUGAAACUGUUUUUAGUCUGGUGUGCUGGCUUAUUUAUUUAUUGUGGAAGGGGAUGUGGGAGGUUGGUGGAGUCUUCUGUCGGUGUUCUGCAAUAGUCUGCAGCUUUACAUGUCUGUUACGAGCUUCUCAUUUUGUCAGCAAAAGGUGUUGGGCAAGGUGACACCGUCUGCUGUGUUGUUUUCUUCCAUUUUAUUUGUUUGCCUAUUCCAACCUUUUUUUUCAAGCGAUAUAGUAAGACUUUGUUUGUUCUGUUUUAGCAGCAGCAAAGCACAUGCAUGAUUCUUGAAGCAGUUGCCUGACAGGUUUGGUUCGGUUCUUUUGUAGUGGCGAUUUUUGUAAAGCAUUCGACUUGUGUAGCAAGGCCAUGCGGUUAUGUGCAAUUAAUUUCUAAAAACUAAAACACAAUGAGUAAAUGCGUUUCUUGUUUCUUCACAAUCCUGCGUUAUGUUACAUUCUUGAGAGUGUCAAUGAUCAACUAACUGAAAAUGUAAUUCUUCAGGGAAGUGAACAGUGCAUGUGUGAUAUCCUCCAUUUUAUUUUCAUCAUUUAUGAAUUGGUCCAAAACUAGUUUGCCUCUUCAAAGCAUGCAUAAAACAAGACGAGUGCUGUGAUAACAAAUUUGAUGACAAGUUAACGACAGACAGGUGAACCUGUAACUCUAUGUCAUUUAGUUACAGGUGUUUUUGCAUUCUGUUUGGUUUGCAAAUAUUUCUUACCUGUUUAGGGUUAAAUGGUUUGUGGAUGUAGAUCUCGUUUAACAGCCUUUGUAUCCCGUUUUUUGGUUUCUUUGAAAAAUGUAAAGGGACCAAUCAGACCGAUCAUGAUAUUACCCACUUUAUGUCUCUUUUAAAACAGCUUUGGCAAAUGGUCCUUUCUAGUUGUAUCUUCUUCUUAUUCUUUUUUAUUGCUAAUGUGUGAAAUUUCAAUGGUUUGUUCUUCACUCAGUCCUGUUAUCUUUGCUGGAUAUUUCGUCCCUGAGUUGUGUCGUGAUGUGUCCACUGAGGCUUUUGUCAGUAAACCCUAAAUAUUGUAGUGCUUCCCAACUGGUUACCAAUGAAAAACCACAUUUAUUAAAUAUCGCACUGUUUCUUCACUGCUGCGUGUCUGUCUGCUGUUUGAGACAUUAAAUGUCAGUCGACUAUCACCAUCUUGCAGUUCCUAUUAUUGCUGUAACCAGUGGAUAGCUAGAAGGACGUUAAAGAGUUUUGUUGAUUGGUAUUAUGACUAAAAAUUAAAUAUAACUAGUCCACCUGUAGGCUCAUAAUAAAUUGUUCUGUAUGUAUAUAGCACUUUCAGUGCACCUUUUAAGAAACUGCUGUCUUAAUUCAUUUUUUAAAUUAUCUUAAAAUAUUUUGUGUAAUUGUGUCUUGUCAUAAUAAUUUUAAUGGUUACCACAGCAAAUGACAUUUUCUUAAGUAUCAGUAUUUCUUUUUGUCUUACAUCCUACCUUGCCUCAGUCCUCGUUAAUAUCAUCUGUGAUGAAGUCAGCAGUUUAGAGAACCGGAAUUUCCCAGAAUAACUAAACUUUCGUUUCUUAUCCCCGCAUGUCUAUACUAACCGGUUGUGCAGAAGAUGAAGAAACAGUAUAGUUUAUGUUAAUCAGUAUAGUUUAUGUAUUGAUGUCGAGUCUGUAUCAAGACAUUCAAGAAACAUUAUACGGGAAACGAUAGGAAGAAAUUCAGCCAGCGGUUAUCCCAGCAAUCAUCACAAUUAGUCAUUGCUUCAACUGCCGACUGUAUAAGUCAAAACUAAUUAUGAGAUACCCCCUGGACUGAAGUUUUGGUGCAGAUGGUAUAAUUCAGUUUAUUUUGUAAUAGAGCUAGUAUUCUCCAACUACCUUGAAUGAAGAGAAAACAUUUGCUUUAUCUCAACCAGUUUUUUUUCUUUCCACUUUUCAAGAGGUACCUAUUUAAAACAAUUUCUUUUCUAUUGUGACUUUUCUAAAUUUUGGGUCGAUAACCAAAAAUGAUUACUUCUCAUAUAGAAUAUGGAAAAUAUAUUCGCAAAAUAGCAGCAGGACCAGUGGACCAUAUUGAACGUGCUCACUAAUUAUGUGGCCAAUAAUUGAAAAAGAAAUGACCGUGUCAACAUCCCAUUGACUGGUUUUGUUUUGGAAGUGAUAAUUGUGGUAAUGUAAUCGCACUCGGGCUUACGUUUGAGUAAAAUUUUGAAACUUUGAGAGAACUACAACACUAACCUUUUGGAUUUAGCAAAACAUAAACAUAUUGUUUACUUGAUUGACCAACUGACGAUUUUCUGACUUAAUCACAUUUUAUACACCGGGCUCGGAACCACCAACAGGGGACCACCACAGAGCGAGAGGAGAGAAUGUGCUUUAGCAGAAACUUGUUGUUUUCUGUUUACCUGAGGGAGUCACACCUGGUUUCUGUCCACAGAUGCCCAGUCAUCGCUGAUGUCAUCGGUGCUCGGCGUUCUUCAUCUUCGUGUUGUUCGUGCUGUCAUGUUGCUCUCUUCUCCCUUUCCCACCUCAUGACUGUUUGUCUUGACAACAUUUGUCACUGGCGACCUUUGGCGCUGAUUGUCUCGCUGGUCGAGACGGAGGACUGACUACAGAGAGCUCAAAAAACUUUACGCACUGUUGUGGAUGAUCCAUGUGAUGACAUUGGAAACUGUGUGUUGAUGAUGUCAAAGUUCAGAGUAGGUGUAUGUUGACUGUGAUGAUGGGUUUUUUUUAUUAAGAGGAGGAGCUUUCUGCAGCAUAAUAUACGCAUUGUACAAACAUUUGAUCAUUCCUGGUGCAGUCACGUGAAGAAACAUUCAACAAAGCUAAAUUCACAAGACAGCUAGAUGUAAAAACUUCAUUUAAUGCGUGCUAUAGAUGUACUGUAGAGGACUAACAUUUAAUGAUUAUUAUUUUAUUAUGUACAGGUUAGUGUGGAUAACAAAUAAUGCUUGAGAGGGUUGCAAUGGAUUUCCACUAGUCUCGGCAGGAUGGGUAUCAGAUCAUGAAAACUCCAGUGACAUCUACCUGACUACAAUCAUUUUAUAGGAAAUUGGGGGCUGGGUGGAGUGUGUCACGUGAUAUUUGUCUAAAUUUCUUUGAUGUAUUUGUUGGAAAAAAGGUGUUCUGUAUUGAGACAGAAGGCAUUGUUAAAAUCAGCAGUGGCCGACACUUGACCAACACAAUUGUUACAAUUAGUCGCAGUUUAUUGAAGUCUUGGCGGUUCUUUUAACUGACUCGUGGAAGUUCAGGCAGCUCUAACGGGCUUGAGGACGCUGGAUUUUUAAAUGACAUUUGACAUCGAGUACGUCACAUUUGAACUAUACGUAACCUCGUUUUGAAAUCCUUGUGUGUACAUUUGUGUGUAGCUCAAGUUUGUCAGAAUGAGCUUCUUAGUCUUGUAAUGCGGGAAUAGGGCAAAAUGUCAUCUGCUUGCAAGGAAGGGUGCACUUGUUGAUAAUUAUUUCCCUUGAACCACACCCUGUCUCUUUGACCCUGCGACUGGAGAGAGCAGGGCUUGUGUGAAGACAGAAUAAUAUCCUUCCUCCUUCGAUUUCAUCUCUUGUGCAUCCUUUAUAUUGAUCUUCCAACUCAUGUCUUGUUAGGAUUGGCUUUCUUUAUGUUGAGGUUUUGCUUCUUCUACGCUGGAAGAGAAUGUCAGAGGAAGAUGAGAAAAUUGUCCUUGACCUUUGUCCUUCAUACACCUCUUUCUGCUCUUUUGGAUUGUGAUAAUAAGCAUAAUGCGCUUGCCCAGUCUUGUCUUUAUCUGUCGGGACAUUGACAAUGACGCAUGUAAAAAAUAAAUAAAUAAAAACGCUUGACUGAGUACCUACAAAGACUGUGCAGCUGUCAGCAGCUGGGUCAGCCAUCUUUGAUUAUUCUAGGGGCUGCUCAUUCAACUGUAGAAACCAAUUUCUGGGAGUUUUUCAUUCGGUUUGUGAGCCUGGCUGCGUCCUGUCAAUAUUAGAAUUGUAAAUACUAGUCUGUGACAAAGAUAAUGUAAAGACAUAGGUCUGGGGGACUAUUUUGUACCGUAGUGUUUUCUAGCAACACUUAUUGUCGAGCUGGGUCACAGCACACGACUUUUCUACCAAGUCCCUCGAACACUGCACUGGUCCUGAGACCAAAACUAUGAUAACGAUUUCUCAGUCCUAGUCGAUGCUUCUGUGAAGUGGAACUUUGCCUCCUGCUUCAUUUGCUCCCCGGUCCUCGACCUUCGCAUGGAUGGCGCCCACCAGCUUUAGUCGUGUAGAUGGCUAUGACGGCAAGGGGCACAACUGCUUAGCUACCAAGCAGACUUCCUACCAAUCUGACCACCGUUCUACCUCAGUUAUGUUCCCUUUCCCGUAAUUUUCGCCCACCUGACGGGAAGCUUCUACAGGCUGCCAACACAUGUUCGUGUGUUGAUUAAACAGGCAGCAAAGUGGAGGCGAUGGCAAUCGUGGGAAAGUUGGUGACGUGCUUCCUUGAGACUAUUGCAAGCAAAAUGGUGUGGCGGGCUUUCCCACGACCUGUUUCUUUUUUAAGUGAAAUUAAUAUCCAUCAUCUGGAGAAAUCUGAUAAUCCAAACGAAGCCAUUAGAGGAGAACCGAAACAACAUCUCGCACCGCCGGGGGCUAAGAUUCAAAGCAACAUUAAUUGCUGCUGCAACAAUGUGUACAUGGGCACAAGCUGUUUGUCAUACCGGUGAAAAUAUACACAUCCCCGUUUCGUGUGGAACAACACGUUAAAAGGCGGUUGUGGUUCCCAGGAGUGAUCGCUCUGCAAUUAAAUGAAAAAAAGGUAACGGGUAGAAAAUGUACUUGACUGCUUGGGAAGAAGAUGAAUGACCUCUGUGUCCUAGUCUUGCUGUGAUUAUUUAUAGUAACCCAGAAUACGAUCAUUGUGAGAUUUCAACCCCGAUGAAUAUUCAAGAAGUCGGAUGAGACAUCUCGAUCCAGAGAGUGUUUCUUGGAGGUCUACAUUUUUAGAGGAUGAAGAUGGGAUCGGCGUCAUCAGGGUGAGAAAACGAAACAGAAGUGUGUCUCACCUCCCAAUGAUUUCAAAAUGGCGGCCACUUGAAGAUGUAAGAUCGCCGCUUCCCUCCUACUUUCGGGUUUUUUUCAGCGGGACGGGGAGCAACUGCCAUCGCUCUUCUCUCGGUGACGUAACGAGAGGAGGAGCUGAGAACGUGCUUUGACAACCAGACCACUUCAAUCAUUUUUAGGCGCUAGAAAAUUGAGGUGACCCCAUGUGACCCACACCUACCUGCAGUUUACCCUCCUUAGUGACUGUCGCUAUGACCGAGAUGCCGAGGUUGCUGGGUGCUGGAAGCGAUGGAGGACGAGGCCAGACGCGGCUACGAUACGUCACUGUCUCCAUAAUGUCUGACAUCCCCUUAGCUGUGUACACCUGUUCUAGUUUAUUUUUUUCUUGGAAACUCCUUGGUCUCACAGCCUGUCUAGAGCAAAAUGGGCAUUAUAUAGAAAUAUACAAAUUGUAUACAAAACCUUUCGUUCUUCCACAGUUCCUUGUCCUUUUCCUCCCUGUCCUUUUGAAGUUGCUCACUAUGCAGGACAACGGACACGCACAAUUGUUGCAUGGCUGUGUGCGGCCAUGGGUAGCCUAGGGAACCAGUCAGCCAUGUUGUCUUCAUAGUCAUGACGAGUCUUGUGACAUACAUGCGCUGGAAAUGUAGAAGUGAAUGCACAGACGCGUGCUUGUAUCGUGAAACGGGUGGAUCUACCUGUACUUGUGUAGAGACCGUGUAAGUGUAAGAAUGCUCAAGUGUAGUUAGGCGUGUGGGCGGAUAUCUGAGUAGAGACCUGUUUGUAGAGAAACCAUACCACAGUUCAAGCAGGAAACAGUUAUAACUGGUCACAUCCCCCACUUCCAUUCCAAUCCCCUACCUGACUCUUCCUCGAAUUUUCCUUUCAUUGUUUUCCUAUCUUGAUUAUCAUUCUAUUUGUCUGGAACAACUCGUCAGAUGUUACAAUUUACAGAGAAAGACAGCCAGCCCGAGGUCGACUGUAAUUCCAUGAGUUUUUUAAUUUAAUUUAAUUUUUUUUAAACAAAAACUGUUCAAUAAGUCAAGUGUAAGUCAAACAUGGCGAGAUUAUCUUGUUGACAUGUAUUCGUUCUGUUUUAUGCCAACUUGAAGCCUCUGUUCGGCGCAGUAUUAUGUAUGCAUUACCAUUUUAUUGUUUGUCUUAUGAAGUCUGCUUAAGUACGCUACUGUGUCGCUUGUGUUUGUUUCUAUGGGUUGAUAUCAUCAAAUUUCAUGGCCAUGCUGACCACAUGGCGGUUUUGUCUGAUAUUAAAAUAAGAGAAACUUUUGUCUCGCUACAGUCAAUGACUGAGCCAAGUGGACAACUGAACAAUCACUACAGUCACUCUCUCGCUUUUUUUCUGAGCCAGAAAUUGAUGAUAUAGAAACAUUGAUAAAUAUACUUCAUCUGUUAA